CCCCCCCACCCCGCUAGAGACCCCUGCACCACCCCCGCAUGCCCGCCCAAUCCUGGCCGCCGACAAACAUUCUCAAUCCGCCGGAGCUUUUUUUUUUUUUUUUUUUCUGCAUCCCAAAUUUUUUGAAGGACCCUUAACCGAAAAUUCUCAUACGCUGGUGCAGCCGGUAUCCGCCCGCUCACCAUCAAGUUUGAACCGAGAAGACUUGUUACUUACUGUCUCAGGUGCCUUGAUCGACUGCACUCCCAAGGGACACGCACACCUCGCCUUGUGAUUGAUCACCCUCAAUGCCGUCCUCCGCAGCCCCCAGACGCCUGGGUCCCGCCGCCGCUGCCGACGAGGACCCGGCGUCGUCGUCCUCCGCCAACUCUUCCGACUCCGAGUCCGAAUCCGACUAUCUCGACAGUCCCGCUUCGCGCAAGCGGCGGAGGACCGAUCUCCCUGCCAAUUCAGACCUCGAGGGCCUCGAUGAUGACGACGAUGACGAGGGGGAGCUCAAGGCCGUCGUCUCAACCAUCAAGGCCCCGUCAAGAAUCAAGCGCGCCGCCGCCGAACAAGCACCACAGACUACCCGUCCCACGCCGUCGCAGAACGCAAUCUCCGCGCCGACAGAUCCCAAUACCACCUUCUCCGCCAUCAACGUACGGCCAUGGCUCGUGCAGUCGCUGGCCAACAUGGCCAUCAAGCGACCGACAGGCAUCCAGAAGGGUUGCAUACCCGAGAUCUUGAAGGGGAGGGAUUGCAUCGGCGGCAGCCGGACGGGUUCCGGUAAAACGGUCGCCUUCGCCGUGCCUAUCCUCCAAAAAUGGGCCGAGGACCCGACCGCCAUCUUUGCCCUUGUUCUGACGCCCACCCGCGAGCUCGCCCUGCAGAUCUUUGAACAGUUCAAGGCCAUCUCCUCCCCGCAAAGCCUCAAGGCCAUCCUUGUCACUGGCGGCUCCGACAUGCGCCCGCAGGCCAUCGCCCUUGCGCAGCGCCCCCAUGUCGUCAUUGCCACGCCCGGCCGUCUCGCCGACCACAUCCGCACCUCGGGAGAGGACACUGUCUGCGGGCUGCGGCGCGUAAAGUACGUCGUGCUCGACGAGGCCGACCGCCUCCUCGACGCCACGGGGCCCGGCAGCAUGAUCCCCGACGUCGAAGAGUGCCUCUCCGUGCUGCCGCCCUCGUCGCAGCGACAGACGCUCCUGUUCACCGCCACAAUCACCCCCGAGGUCCGCGCCCUCAAAGACAUGCCGCUCAAACCCGGCAAGCAGCCCGUCUUUGUCUGCGAGGUCGACACCCAGUCCCUCGCCAUCCCCGCCACCCUCUCUCAGAUGCACCUUCAGGUCCCCGUCACUCACCGCGAGCACUAUCUCCACACCUUCCUCCUUACCGACGGCAACGCCGAAAAGUCCGUCAUCAUCUUCUGUAACCGCACCUCGACGGCCGACUACCUCCACCACCUGCUCCGCCUGCUCGACCACCGCGUCACCUCGCUGCACUCGGGCCUGCCGCAGCGCCAGCGAGUGGACAAUCUGGGCCGCUUCCGCGCGGCGGCGGCGCGGAUCCUGGUCGCCACCGAUGUCGCGUCGCGUGGUCUCGACAUCCCCGAGGUCGCGGUCGUUGUCAACUACGACAUCCCGCGCAACCCGGACGACUACAUUCACAGGGUUGGUCGUACGGCCCGUGCGGGACGCAAGGGAGAGGCCGUGACGUUUGUGGGCCAGAGGGAUGUCGAGCUGGUGCUGGCGAUCGAGGCCCGCGUGGGACGGCAGAUGGAGGCGUGGCAUGAGGAGGGCGUCAACCUCGAGACACGCGUGCUGCGCGACUCGCUCAAGCUUGUCAGCGAGAAGAAGAGGGAGGCGCUGUUGGAGCUCGAGGAGGGGAGGGAGGUUGGCGGCAAGAGGAAGAGAACUAAGCAGAAGCUCAACACUUGACCGGGGGUUGGGGGGCCUGCACAGUGUUGCUACAAAUGUGUUGUUGAGGAAACUUGAUCCCGGCGCAGUCACGGUUUGAUCAGUUUCGAUGCGAUAGACAAAAAAAGUAAUACCCAAUAGACAAGAAUGUUCAAAGUGG